AUGGACGCCGCGCGCCUCGCCGCCGAACGCAGGGAGCGGGCGGCUAGGUCGAGCCGCGAGUGCCCGUACUUGGACACCGUGAACCGCUCGCUGCUCGACUUUGACUUUGAGAAGUGCUGCAGCGUCUCGCUCGUCCCGCACAACGUGUACGCGUGCCUGGUGUGCGGCAAGUACUUUCAGGGCCGCGGGCCGUCCACGCACGCGUACGUUCACGCGCUGGAGGCGACGCAUCACGUGUUCAUGAACCUGGACACCGGGAGGGUGUACUGCCUGCCGGACAUGUACGAGGUGGUGGACGCGUCGUUGGACGACAUCAGACACGUGCUCAACCCCAAGUUCACGUCCCCGCAGAUCGCGGAGGUUGACCACCGGAGGCUGUGGUCCAGGGGCCUGGACGGGACGGAUUACCUGACGGGCGCGGUGGGUUUGAACAACCUGCGAGCGACGGACUACGUGAACGUCGUGCUGCAGUCGCUGAUGCGCGUCGGGCCGGUCCGGGAUUUCUUCCUGGCGCAGAGAGAGCUCGGUGUUUCGGGCGCGGGCGGGGGAGGCGCGGGCGGGGCGGGGCCGGGUCCCGCGGCGUCGCCGCUCGCGAGGAGGUUCGGCGAGCUGACGCGAAAGAUUUGGAACUCUCGAAACUUUAAGGGUCAGGUUUCGCCGCACGAGUUCAUGCAGGCGGUGCUCGCGGCGUCCGACCGGCGGUUCCUGAUCGAUAAGCAGUCCGACCCGGUUGAGUUCCUGUCUUGGCUUCUCAACACGCUCAACGCCGAUCUCAGCGGUAAGAAACGCGGGGGGAAGAGCAUCGUGAGCCGGUGCUUCCAGGGUGAGUUGGAGGUGACCAACGCGGGACUGGCGUACCAGGACGACCCGCCGGUUCGCAUGCCGUUCUUCAUGCUGUCGCUGGACCUACCCGCGGCGCCGCUCUUCCAGGACGCGAUGGAGAAGAACACCAUCCCGCAGGUUCCGCUCUUUCAGAUUUUGCGAAAGUUUGACGGCGAGACGGAGCACGAGGUUCUCCGGCCGGAACCCAGGCGUAAGCGGUACAAACUCGCGCGACUGCCCCGGUACCUCAUCGUUCACCACAAGAGGUUCACGAAGAACAACUUUUUCGUGGAGAAGAACCCCACGAUCGUCACGUUCCCGGUCAAGAACUUGCAGCUGUCGGACCACGUACCGGUGCCGAAGCUUCCGGAUGGCCGAGACGUCCCUUGCAAGUACAACCUGGUGGCAAACAUAACGCACGAGGGUAAGCCCGAGAGCGGCGCGUACCGCGCGGCGGUGUGGCACAAGGCUGACGGGAACUGGUACGACACCGAGGACCUGACCGUGAACGAGGUGUUGCCCCAGCAGGUGGUCCUGACGGAGACCUACUUACAGAUAUACGAGCUGGACAAGGACGCCGCGCCCGGUCCGCCGCCGGCGCCCAAGGAGGACGUGGACAUGUUCGCCUGA